GGAGAGCUGGAGCUUGGCAGGCCCUCCACAGCUAAACACUUUAUUCACAUGUGAUGUAAUGGGGCACCAGGUCACAGUGACAAAAUGUGAACUCAACUGUCACAUUCACUGGUUGAUGUAAACACACUAGGGUAUUCAGGAUACCAGCCACGUAUUGUGAUACCAGGAAAACCCAAAGCAGACUAAACUCUACGGUUCUUUAAAACCUGCCUGUAUGUAACAGUCUAUGAUAUAAGCAUAGUUGGGAGAAAAAGACUAAUGUGACUGUUAACAGAAGGCUGUGUGUUUACAACUUCAGAAUGUUUUUUUCUCAACAAAUGAUGUCUGCUUCAUGUUUUGUUGCCACGAUACUUCCAAGUAUUGCAAUACUGGUAUCGUGAGAACCCUAAAACAUACACCCUGGGCCAUCUGACCGGGUUGGGGCACUGCACUGGUUUACACAAAAACCCAAUGGAACAACAGCCCAGACUGCCCAGCACAGGUGUGACAGCUGUGGCCUCGCCAAUGGAACAAGAGCCCAGACUGCCCAACACAGGUGUGACAGCUGUGGCCUCGCCAAUGGAACAACAGCCCAGACUGCCCAACACAGGUGUGCCAGCUGUGGCCUCGCCAAUGGAACAACAGCCCAACACAGGUGUGCCAGCUGUGGCCUCGCCAAUGGAACAACAGCCCAGACUGCCCAACACAGGUGUGCCAGCUGUGGCCUCGCCAAUGGAACAACAGCCCAGACUGCCCAACACAGGUGUGCCAGCUGUGGCCUCGCCAAUGGAACAACAGCCCAGACUGCCCAACACAGGUGUGCCAGCUGUGGCCUCGCCAAUGGAACAACAGCCCAGACUGCCCAACACAGGUGUGCCAGCUGUGGCCUCGCCAAUGGAACAACAGCCCAGACUGCCCAACACAGGUGUGCCAGCUGUGGCCUCGCCAAUGGAACAACAGCCCAGACUGCCCAACACAGGUGUGCCAGCUGUGGCCUCGCCAAUGGAACAACAGCCCAGACUGCCCAACACAGGUGUGACAGCUGUGGCCUCGCCAAUGGAACAAGAGCCCAGACUGCCCAACACAGGUGUGACAGCUGUGGCCUCGCCAAUGGAACAACAGCCCAGACUGCCCAACACAGGUGUGCCAGCUGUGGCCUCGCCAACGGAACAACAGCCCAGACUGCCCAACACAGGUGUGCCAGCUGUGGCCUCGCCAACGGAACAGCCCAGACUGCCCAACACAGGUGUGCCAGCUGUGGCCUCGCCAACGGAACAACAGCCCAGACUGCCCAACACAGGUGUGCCAGCUGUGGCCUCGCCAACGGAACAACAGCCCAGACUGCCCAACACAGGUGUGACCUCGCCAAUGGAACAACAGCCCAGACUGCCCAACACAGGUGUGACAGCUGUGGCCUCGCCAAUGGAACAACAGCCCAGACUGCCCAACACAGGUGUGCCAGCUGUGGCCUCGCCAACGGAACAACAGCCCAGACUGCCCAACACAGGUGUGCCAGCUGUGGCCUCGCCAACGGAACAACAGCCCAGACUGCCCAACACAGGUGUGCCAGCUGUGGCCUCGCCAACGGAACAACAGCCCAGACUGCCCAACACAGGUGUGCCAGCUGUGGCCUCGCCAAUGGAACAAGAGCCCAGACUGCCCAACACAGGUGUGACAGCUGUGGCCUCGCCAACGGAACAACAGCCCAGACUGCCCAACACAGGUGUGCCAGCUGUGGCCUCGCCAACGGAACAACAGCCCAGACUGCACAACACAGGUGUGCCAGCUGUGGCCUCGCCAAUGGAACAACAGCCCAGACUGCCCAACACAGGUGUGCCAGCUGUGGCCUCGCCAAUGGAACAACAGCCCAGACUGCCCAACACAGGUGUGCCAGCUGUGGCCUCGCCAAUGGAACAACAGCCCAGACUGCCCAACACAGGUGUGACAGCUGUGGCCUCGCCAAUGGAACAAGAGCCCAGACUGCCCAACACAGGUGUGACAGCUGUGGCCUCGCCAAUGGAACAACAGCCCAGACUGCCCAACACAGGUGUGCCAGCUGUGGCCUCGCCAACGGAACAACAGCCCAGACUGCCCAACACAGGUGUGCCAGCUGUGGCCUCGCCAACGGAACAACAGCCCAGACUGCCCAACACAGGUGUGCCAGCUGUGGCCUCGCCAACGGAACAACAGCCCAGACUGCCCAACACAGGUGUGCCAGCUGUGGCCUCGCCAAUGGAACAAGAGCCCAGACUGCCCAACACAGGUGUGACAGCUGUGGCCUCGCCAACGGAACAACAGCCCAGACUGCCCAACACAGGUGUGCCAGCUGUGGCCUCGCCAACGGAACAACAGCCCAGACUGCCCAACACAGGUGUGCCAGCUGUGGCCUCGCCAACGGAACAGCCCAGACUGCCCAACACAGGUGUGCCAGCUGUGGCCUCGCCAACGGAACAACAGCCCAGACUGCCCAACACAGGUGUGCCAGCUGUGGCCUCGCCAACGGAACAACAGCCCAGACUGCCCAACACAGGUGUGCCAGCUGUGGCCUCGCCAACGGAACAACAGCCCAGACUGCCCAACACAGGUGUGACCUCGCCAAUGGAACAACAGCCCAGACUGCCCAACACAGGUGUGACAGCUGUGGCCUCGCCAAUGGAACAACAGCCCAGACUGCCCAACACAGGUGUGCCAGCUGUUAAUAUAUGUAUAUAUUAAAGAAAACAAGAUGUUUUGAAUAUUUUUUUUAUUUUUUUAAGGAUAGCCAAGGGCACAAUACAACACGCAGACAUCACUUACAAACGAAGCAUUUGUGUUUAGUGAGUCCGCCAGAUCAGAGGCAGUAGGGAUGAUCUCUUGAUAAG